AUGGUGGCCCAGAAGAGGAAGGGGAACCGGUGGAGGAUGGCUCCUCCUGGCCAGGUGGACCCCUUCCCAUCUAAACCCAGCGUCCUGAAGCAAAAGGGCCAGUCACUGAUAUUGGGAGUAUGUGCGCCCACCUCUUGCCCUCACUUUUCCCUUACACAGGUGAUACUGACUUUAGAGGACAAAAACAUAAAGGGCUUCACAUGGGCCAUAGCCCCCGCCUUGACUGCCCUGGGCUACCUGCUCAUACUGCUGGUCACCAUCUUCCCCUUCUGGGUGUGCCUUGUGAACGAGGAGUCCCGUGAAGUGUUUUACAGUGGCCUGUUUGAGAACUGCUUUCAUAUCAAGUGCUGGAAGCCUCGACCCUUAUCCAUUUACAUCAUCCUCGGCCGAGUUUUCCUGCUGUUUGCAGUCGUCUUGUCUUUCCUCACCACCCUCACCAUGGUGUCUUUUGCAUCUCAGCUCUUUCCAAGGACCUGGAAGCAAACUUUUUUAUCAGCCUCCAUCAGCUUCUUCACAGGGGCUUGUGCUUUCCUGGCCUUGCUGCUGCACGCCCUGGAGAUCCAGAGUCUGAGGAUGCAGCCCCGCCCGCCCCAGUUCUCCGUGCAGUGGCCUUACUAUGUCCUGGGCUUUGGUAUCCUUCUGUUCAUAGUGGCUGGUGUCAUCUGCCUCUUUCAAGAAGCCCGCCAUAGGUGCCAUUUAUUACGCAUUUCCCAGAGUAUCAGGGAGACUCAAGAGAGUCCACACCUGGAGAUUCUGGAGAGUUUUGGAGGAGGACUGAGCUCAAUGCAAAAGGAGACGCUGCUGAAGGAAGAGACAGUUAUCUAGUCCCGGAGAGUCUGUCUAACCUUCAU